UGGAGUCACCGCCCCCUCGCCGCUUCUUUGCUGCCUGGGGAGCCCGGACCGCCGCCGAGCUGGGUUGCGCGGAUGGUCCCGGGCGGGCGGCGGCAGAGGCUACGGAAGGAUGAGUUCUACCCGGGAGCGGGGUGCGGACCUCGCUCGUUUCUACACGGUCACAGAGCCCCAGCGACAUCCGAGGGGCUACACAGUGUAUAAGGUCACCGCUCGGGUUGUUUCACGAAGAAAUCCAGAGGAUGUCCAGGAGAUAAUUGUAUGGAAGCGAUACAGUGACUUUAAGAAACUACACAAAGAACUCUGGCAAAUUCACAAAAACUUAUUCCGACAUUCAGAAUUGUUUCCUCCAUUUGCUAAAGGAAUAGUAUUUGGACGAUUUGAUGAAGUUGUUAUUGAAGAGAGAAGACAAUGUGCUGAAGAUCUGCUACAGUUCUCUGCAAAUAUUCCUGCUCUUUAUAACAGUAAACAGCUUGAAGACUUUUUCAAGGGUGGAAUAAUUAAUGAUGGUUCUGAAUUGAUUGGUCCUGCUGAAGCUUAUUCGGAUUCCCUCAUUGAUAGCUUUCCUGAGUGUAGUACGGAAGGCUUCUCCAGUGACAGUGAUCUGAUAUCUCUUACUGUUGAUGUGGAUUCUCUUGCUGAGUUAGAGGAUGGAAUGGCUUCCAAUCACAAUUCUCCCAUCAGAACUUGUGGUCUCAGUCUUUCUUCGGAUUCUUCAGCACUAGGGGCUGUUGCUUCUGACAAUGAACAGAAUAAAACAGAACAACGGGAAAAUCGUAGCCUGUUUCCUGGCAGUUUAAAACCCAAGUUUGGCAAGAGAGAUUAUUUGGAGAAAGCAGGAGAAUUAAUAAAGCUGGCUUUAAAAAAGGAAGAAGAAGAAGAUUACGAAGCUGCAUCUGAUUUUUAUAGGAAGGGAGUUGAUUUACUCCUAGAAGGUGUUCAAGGAGAGUCAAGCCCUACCCGUCGAGAAGCUGUGAAAAGAAGAACAGCAGAGUAUCUUAUGCGGGCAGAGAAUAUCUCUAGCCUUUAUGGAAAACCCCAACUUGAUGAUGUAUCACAGCCUCAAGGAUCACUAAGUUCAAGGCCCCCUUGGAACCUAAGGAGCCCUGCCGAGGAGCUGAAGGCCUUCAGAGUCCUUGGGGUGAUUGACAAGGUUUUACUUGUAAUGGACACAAGGACAGAACAGACAUUCAUUUUAAAAGGUCUAAGGAAAAGCAGUGAAUACAGCAGGAACAGAAAGACCAUCAUCCCCCGCUGUGUGCCCAACAUGGUGUGUCUGCACAAGUACAUCAUCUCUGAGGAGUCGGUAUUUCUUGUGCUGCAGCAUGCAGAAGGUGGCAAACUCUGGUCAUAUGUCAGCAAGUUUUUAAACAGGAGUCCUGAAGAAAGUUUUGACAUCCGGGAAGUGAAAAAAUCUCCGCUUACCAAAGUUCACCUGCAACAGCCAACUUCUAGUCCUCAUGACAGCAACAGCUUUGAAUGCAGAGGAAGUGAUGGUGGUACCAUGCCUAAGGUUCUGCCUUUGAAGACCAGCCUUACUCCAAGCUCUCAAGAUGAUAGCAACCAGGAAGACAAUAGCCAAGAUACCUCUCCAAAAUGGCCAGAUUCUGGCUCAAGUUCAGAAGAAGAAUGCACUACUAGUUAUUUAACAUUAUGCAAUGAAUAUGGGCAAGAAAAGGUUGAACCAGGGUCUUUGAAUGAGGAGCCCUUUAUGAAGACUGAAGGAAACAAUGUUUAUACCAAAGCCAUUCAAAGCUUCCCAGCACACCUUGCUGCUGACUGUGACAGCCGCAGCACCCAGCUGUUAUCUCAUGAGCUGAAGUUUUUCCCUGAAGAUAAUAACCCAGAAUCAGUUAGCUCUCCAGGAACAUCAGAUUCCCUCAGUAGAUCUAAAAACAGCCCCAUGGAAUUCUUUAGGAUAGAUAGUAAGGAUAGCACUAGUGAACUCCUGGGACUUGAUUUGGGGGAAAAAUUGUGUAACCUAAGAUCAGAACCUUUAAAACCAUUCUUCUCUCUUCCAGAUGGAGACAGCUCUUCAGUGGGUUUUAAUAUUAGCGAAAGUAAGGUAGAGUUUAAAGCUCAGGAUAUCAUUAGUGGGGGCUCAAAUGACUCAGUCCCAGUUAUUUCUUUUAAAGAUGCUGCUUUUAAUGAUGUCACUGGUACUGAUGAAGGAAGACCUGAUCUUCUUGUAAAUCUGCCUGGUGAAUUGGAGCCAAUAAAAGAAGCUGCAGCAAUGGGACCUACUAAGUUUACACAGACUAAUAUGCACAUUAUAGAAAGUAAACUCAUGGAAGCUCCUGAUGUUUUAUGCCUCAGACUUAGUACUGAACAAUGCCAAGCACAUGAAGAAAAAGGCACAGAGGAAUUGAGUGAUCCCUGCCAUCCUAAAUUCCAUAGUAUAAGAGAGAAACACUAUGCACAGGAGGAUCUUGGGAUGCUAUUUAUAGCAGCUGUUGGUCACAGUAGUUCAGGAGACAUGUCUUUGUUACACAGCUCAAAUCCUGAGUUUCAAGGACUUGGAGUUGUUGGGUCAGCACUAACUGCAAACAGUACAGAAGAAAGCUUAUUCCAUAUUUCUAACCCUCUUUCAGGUGCUAAUGAAUGUAAUGCAAACACAGACACUUUAAAAACAGAAGAAGUAUUGUUGUUUACAGAUCAAGCUGAUGAUUUGGCCAAAGAGGAACUAACUUCUUUAUUCCAGAGAGACUCUGAGACCAAGGGAGAGAGUGGGUUAGCACUAAAAGGAGACGAGGAAAUACAUCAGAUUUUUGAGGACCUUGAUAAAAAAUUAGCACUAAACUCCAGGUUUUAUAUCCCAGAGGGCUGCAUUCAAAGAUGGGCAGCUGAAAUGGUGGUAGCCCUUGAUGCUUUACAUAGAGAGGGAAUUGUGUGCCGCGAUUUGAACCCAAACAACAUCUUAUUGAAUGAUAGAGGACACAUUCAGCUAACGUAUUUUAGCAGGUGGAGUGAGGUUGAAGAUUCCUGUGACAGCGAUGCCAUAGAGAGAAUGUACUGUGCUCCAGAGGUUGGAGCAAUCACGGAAGAAACUGAAGCCUGUGAUUGGUGGAGUUUGGGUGCUGUCCUCUUUGAACUUCUCACUGGCAAGACUCUGGUUGAGUGCCAUCCAGCAGGAAUAAAUACUCACACUACUUUGAACAUGCCAGAAUGUGUCUCUGAAGAGGCUCGCUCACUCAUUCAACAGUUGGAUUAACUCCUUUCUCCCAAGAAGCUCAGCGAAGCAUCGCUCAAUGGCCUUGAUCUCAUUUCCAAUUUCAGGGGACCCAUGUAGUCAAAGACUUGUUUGGAGUGGGGGUUGGGGGGCAGUUCCUGGAUGAGCAGCUCAGCUCCAGAUAUUUUAAUUCCAUGUGGAGCUGGCAGGGAGAAAGCCAGAGCAGUCCCCAGACCAUCUAAUCCCUUAUCAUGAGGGCCCCAGCUCCAUGCCAAGAACUCAACUUUGGGAGAAAGGCCGUCGUCUUGGGAAGGCUCUCAUCUCUGCAGGAAGCCAGCAGGCAGAAUGGACAUCACCAGAUAGAGCCUUCUGUAGCCAGUCCAGAGGCAUCUGAUUAUUCAGUUGAUGGGCUUUUUUCUGGUCCAAAUAAGCCUCAUAUCCCUUCAUCAGAACAAAACUGAACUUUCCCACUCCCCGGCUGGCAGAGAGUGCUGUCUUGGGCUCCUUGAAAAAAGCUCCAUGGUUACCUUUCUUUCCCUUUUCCUUAGAUCUUUUUGUUUGUUUGUUUGUUUGUUUUCUUUCUCAUAAAGUAAGAAAGAAAUUCUUCUGUGCCUUGGCAGACAGCUGUCUGAGGUCCUUCCUCUAUUGGGGUCUCACCGUUGGACCCACGACUCCUCCCAGUCACACAGAUGACAAAAGCUCCUCCUGCCUUGCCUUUCACAUACCGUGUCUGAGGGAAGGAACUGAUUUUGGUGCCAGCAAGUGAACCCUUGGCACCCUCUCAAAGAAACCUGAAGUGAGAAGGGUUCAAGAGAGAGGUUGCUUUGUGCAGAAAAGCUCCCGCCAACGACUUCUUUACCAGCCUGGCUGAGGGCCUCCUGUGGCGGCCCUGGAGAAGAGGAAACUGGGACAGACUGGAUAUUGUGUCCACCCUGGCUCCUUAGCAUUACUUUAACUAGAAGCAGACUGAAGAAAAAUAUUCCCAUGGGCUAUAGAAGAAACCUACUUCCCCUUCCCACCCAUCGCUGGUCUGGUUUGGAAAUUUCAGUCUCAAAAUGCUUCCUUUCCCUCAGCCCCAAGUUGGUUCACUUACUCUCUACCUGGAAAUGCCACAACCAACUGGCUUCUCAGUUCAUGUCUCAGGCCAAUGUUUCUCUGGCACAGAUACACACUUAUUACACAGUCAGACACUGGGGAAACAGAUAAAUAAGGUAUUGCCCCCACCCUGUUGGAGUCCAGUAGAGAAUAGAGAUAUGUAAAGAAUUAACUUACAGUUCAGUGCCAUAGGUGUCUGGAAGUCUGUGGCUUAUCCUGGAAGUUCCCAGAGAGAGGCUCUCCUUGUAGAGCCCUUGUGCAAAGCCAUGUGCAUCAGGGUUGUUACAGGCUCGUUGUUCCUGGGACAGAUGACAAAGGUGGGCUCAGGGCAAGGGAAGUUGAUGGUGUUAGGGCUAACUUGGUGUGGCCAUUGGAGAAACAGGGCCACCCCUGAACCCUUCCUCAUUUCGCUCAUUCAGGGUGGUGACCAGUUUGGAUGGUUGAGAAGGAAAUUUCCAUGAACUCAUGGUAACAGCUUCCAGGCACCACAGGGUGCUAUCUACUUCCUCUGCAGCACUCCUCCUUUUCUUGAGAAGGCAAACUUUGAGAAUUCCGUGGUUUAAAUGUUCAUCUCUGGCUAGGCCUGCCUAUAACUGUGCCUAAGAGCCUCCUCCCGUGUGCCUCUUUGUUGCUCAGAUGUGGCCCUCUCUCUCUAGCUAAGCCAACUUGAAAGGUGAAAUCACUGCCCU